UCUCUAUGUGUAAGAAGUGUACAUGUCAAAGCAAUUGUGACGGAGAAAAAAUUCCACUUUAUUAAUAGUGAUAUAUAUACAUGUUCAAUUGGUGUGGGCCAAAAACGAAGUAAAAAAAACAUAUUGCUUGCAUUUAAUUUAUUGAAUUGGAUUUGUGUUUUAGUCGAUUAUAGUGGCACAAGAACGAAGCAUUUCAAUUAGUUCCAAUAAUUCCACUGCGAAAAAUUUACAGUGAAUAAAGAAACCACACACAUACACUGUGUUGAGUUGAGAUAACUAAUUUCCUUGAAUCAUAACAAGAGGAGGCCUUUUGCCUGUUGAAGCGAAGCUACAAAACAGAAGAAAAUUCAGCAUAUUUCACAAUGGUUAAAUUAUUUGCGUUAAGCGUUUUCUACAAAGGGUCCAGUGAAGCCAGAUUGCUAAAAUCGGCCUAUGAUUUGCAGAGUUUCUCAUUUUUCCAGCGUGGAUCUGUGCAAGAAUUCAUUGGAUUUGCAAGCAGAACGAUAGUGGAACGCACACAGUUGGCAACUCGACAGUCGGUCAAACAAGAUGUUUACAUGUGUCAUGUGUACGUGCGUGGUGAUAGUUUAAGUGCUGUACUGAUAGCCGACCAUGAAUAUCCACAACGAGUAGCACAUACAUUGAUAACAAAAGUAUUGGAUGAUUUCACCGCAAAAAUACCAACCGAAUUGUGGGCAACUAGUUCAGAGUCUGGAAUCGAUUUUGGCACCCUAGCAGCAUACCUGGCCAAAUAUCAAGAUCCACGCGAAGGUGAUGCGCUCACACGCAUUCAAGACGAUUUGGAUGAAACGAAAAUCAUUUUGAAGAAUACAAUCGAAGCGGUUCUGGAUCGAGGCGAAAAACUAGACGAUUUAGUGGAAAAAUCACAGCAGCUCUCAUUUCAAAGCAAGACAUUCUAUAAAACGGCCAAAAAGACAAACUCAUGUUGUACAUUUUUAUAAAUUAUAAUUGUAUAUGCUAGCAUUUUUCUUUGGAGUGGGCAGACUUGGAGGCAAACAGUGUCUUAUACCACAAUUUAUGGACCAUUUAUUCCAUUUUUGUGCAUGUGCUCAAAUCUAACAUCUCCAAACCCAGAACGACAAGAUUUAAAACGAAACAAAAAAAUACUAUUGAAUUCCAGAAUUUCAACCCAACGUUAAUUGUAUCCUCAUCACACACAUAUUACAUCGCGUCGAGUCGAGAUUGCAUGAACGAUGAUUGAAUAAUAUGUGAUCUCCAUCUGUUUUAUGAUCAUAUAUAUGUGAAAUAAUAAACCAACACUUUUGAACUGUUCAAUUUGGAUAAAACAAAUGAAUAUCAAUAAUACAAUUGUCUAAUUUGAGGUUAUUUUAUUCAUUGUUUUUAUGCUAAAACAUAAUUGCAACGAAAUUAUUUGUCAACUCCAUAUUUGGCGCGACACCACAAAACCAGACAAAAAUAAACCUAUAAAAUUAUUCUGAAAAGGAGUUAUGAAAAAUAUAUGUCAUUUUAACCGUUGCUUUUUGAUGGAUAUUUUUAUGUAUAAACCUUAUAAAACAUAAUGGAUAACUAGAACGUACGAUAGGCCAGCAUAUUUAACCAUUUUUGAUAGAAAAAAAUUACAACAAUGUCGAUGUUUGAUUGCUUUAGUACAGAAAAAAAAAUUACAAUUCCAACGAAUCCAAUUUAUAUAAAAGAUGCGCAUUAAAAUCGGAUCCACACUGAAAUUCUGAAUGGUUUAAUUAAGCAAAUAUACAAUUAUUAUUACAUUUAAACCAGUGAUUUUCAUUUUUUUCUCUUCGUUUGUGUAUAAUUUUAUGGUCAUCUUUUAUAAUAUUCAUUGUAUAAUAAUAAUUGUUCAAAUAAAAAUGUUUAACUGACGGAAGAAAAUCUGUUGUACAAAAAUAAA